UCGAUAGCCAUUCGCGUGGACUAUAAAAACAACACUUCCUUAAAUGUCAUUGAUUAGUUUUUGUACAGAAGUCGGUGCGAUGAUUAUGCUAAAGCUAACUAUAACAGCGUUGUUUGUGGUCGCGGUAGGCACGGGUCCUACAAGUGCAAUGAAGACCACAGCUCAACGAAUUGCAAGAUACAACUACCCAGUGGAAACACAUAAGGUUCAAACCUCCGAUGGUUAUAUCCUCACCGUAUUUCGCAUCCCCUACUCGCCCAAGUUGAAGAACCAAAAUAAACGUAAACCAGUUGCGUUCCUUAACCAUGGACUUCUGAGUUCAUCAGAUUGUUGGAUUCCCAAUGGGCCCGAUAACGCUCUGGCGUUCCUCUUGUCCGAUGCAGGUUACGAUGUCUGGUUGGGAAAUAAUCGAGGCAACACCUACUCCAAGAAACAUGUCAAGAUCUCAAGUCUUCGACCAAGUUUCUGGGAUUUCACUUGGAACGAAAUUGCCCUUUUAGACUUGCCAGCCCAGAUUGACUACGUUCUGUUCCACACUAACGAGCAAGCUCUCCACUAUGUGGGUCACUCUCAGGGUACCACCAUAUUCUUUGUUCUUAUGUCCGAGAUGCCGAAAUACAAUGCAAAGAUCAAGACAGCCCAUAUGCUGGCUCCAGUUGUGUAUGUAGAACAUAUGACGAGUCCCUUUGCCAAAAUGAUGGGUCCCAUGUUGGGUCAGCCUUCUCUGUUAACCGAAAUGAUGGGCAAUAGUGAAUUUAUGCCGAGCAAUAAAUUCAUGUCUAUGAUGGGCCAACAAGCUUGUAAGGAUACCUCAAGCUUUCAGCCAAUGUGUGGGAAUGUACUAUUUUUGAUGGCCGGCUGGAAUUCACAACAUUUAAAUAAUUCAUUGCUUUCAGAAGUUUGUGAAACUCAUCCUGCCGGAGCCUCUACUGGACAAUUACUUCACUACUUACAAGAAUAUGUGUCAGGAAUGUGGCGGCGAUAUGACUACGGAAAGUUGAAGAAUAAUCGCAAGUACAGCAGUUGGUCACCACCGAAGUACAAUGAAAAAAAUGUUGUUGCACCGGUACGAUUGUAUUACAGUGACAACGACUAUUUUUCAUCGGUUGUUGAUGUUCACAAGUUAAUGCGUUUGUUGCCGAAUUUGGUGGAGAGUUUUCAUGUUCCUUAUCCGACAUUCAAUCAUUUGGACUUUUUGUUCGGCAUGGAAGUGAAACCUUUGUUGUAUGAUAGGAUAAUAGCGGCUGCUAAUCGUUUCGAAAGAACUGGAAAACAAUAGAAAAUCAAAAAAGAAAGAAAAAAAUGAAUGUGUUUUAACAAUAA